GAAAGCCCCAGAUUUUGCUCACUCAGCACCUCCAGCCACAGCCGGAGCCACGUUUGGGGCAAAACUCCCGAAUUUUGGGCCAAAAUUCCCUGAAUUUCCAACAAAACCCUCCGGAUUCGGGUCCAAACCCCGGGAUUUUGAGUGAAAAACCCGGGAAUUUGGGUCAAAUCCCAGGAUUUCAGAGCAAAACUUCCGGAUUUGGGUCCAAACCUCUGGAUUUUGGAGCAAAUCCCAGAAUUUUGGGGUGAAAUCCCUGAAUUUUGGAGCCAAACCCCUCAGCCCCAUGUGAAGGAUGCUGAAGAAGACCAGCUGGGCUCUGUGGGGAGCCGCGCUCUUCCUGGCCUGGAACGGCCUCCUCCUCCUCUUCCUCUGGAGCCGCCCCGGGACCUUCCCAAAUUCCCAAAAUCCCCAAAAUCCCGAGAAUUCCCGGCUCCUCCCGGCCCAGCUGCUGCGCCUGGCCCAGGACGCCGAAACCGAGCUGCGCCUCCAGCGCGAUUUGCUCCUCCAAAUCCAAAAAUUCAGCCGUCUCCAGCAGCACCAAAAAACGCCCAAACCGCCCCCAACGCCGGCGCCGACCGAGGCGGAGUUCCCGGUGAUCCCGGUGCUGGUUCUGGCGUGUGAUCGCAGCUCGGUCCGGCGGUGUCUGGAUAAAAUCCUGCGUUACCGCCCCAGCGCCCGGCGCUUCCCGGUCAUCGUGUCACAGGACUGCGGYCACGCCGAGACGGCGAAGGUCAUCGCCUCGUACGGUCAAACCGUGGUUCACAUCCGCCAGCCGGACCUCAGCGACAUUCCCGUGCCUCCGGAGCACCGCAAAUUCCAGGGCUAUUAUAAAAUCUCCCGGCAUUACCGCUGGGCGCUGGGUCAGGUGUUCCGUACGUUCCGUUACCGCGCCGCCAUCGUGGUGGAGGACGAUCUGGAGGUGGCUCCGGAUUUUUUCGAGUAUUUCCAGGCGGUUUUCCCGUUGUUGCAGCGGGAUCCCAGCCUGUGGUGCAUCUCGGCCUGGAACGAUAACGGCAAGGAGGCCAUGGUGGACUCGGCUCGGGCUGAGCUUUUGUACCGCACGGAUUUUUUUCCAGGUUUGGGGUGGCUCCUUUUGGCGGAACUUUGGGACGAGUUGGAGCCCAAAUGGCCGCCGGCUUUUUGGGAUGAUUGGAUGAGGCAGCCGGAGCAGCGGCGGGGCCGCUCCUGCGUGCGGCCGGAGGUGUCCAGGACGAUGACCUUCGGCCGCAAGGGCGUGAGCCACGGGCAAUUCUUCGACCAAUACCUGAAAUUCAUCAAACUCAACGACCGCUUCGUGCCUUUCACCCAACUGGACCUUUCUUACCUCAAAAAAGAGGAAUACGAGAGAUUCUUCCUGCAGCAGGUUUAUUCUGCCCCGGAGGUGCAAAUCGAGGAGCUCCAGAAGGAUCCGGGCAGGGAUUUGGGGGCUGUCAGGCUCCAAUAUCGGGGCCGUGAUUCCUUCAAGGCUUUGGCCAAAGCUUUGGGCUUGAUGGACGAUCUCAAAUCCGGYGUCCCCCGCGCCGGCUACCGCGGCAUCGUCAGCUUCGUGUGCCGGGGCCGCCGCGUUUUCCUGGCCCCACCCUCGGACUGGACGGGCUACGACCCCUCCUGGAGCUGAGGCUCRGCUUUGGGGGAGAUUUCCCCAAUUUUGGGAGGAUUUGGGGUGGGUUUGGCAUUCGUGGAGUUAAAGCGGCUCAAACGGGGUGGGGGUUUUGCAGAAUAAAAGGUGGGAAAAUGGGGRAUUCUCCCCAAAAUUCUGGGUUGGUUUCAUUGCCACUUCCAUCCGUUUCAUUCCUAAAUUGAGGUGUUCCAAAACUCUCAUUUUGGAUUUAAAUUUUGGGGCGCAUUUGAUGCAGAUUUGGCACUCAYRGRGUUAAAGCGGCUCAAACGGGGCAGGGGUUUUGCAGAAUAAAAAGGCAAAAAAUGGGGGAUUCUCCCCAAAAUUAUGGGUUUGUGUCAAUGCCAAUUCCACCUGAGCUUCAUCCUUGCAU